ACCGUGUAGCCACAGUGCAACCCCUGCGUGUUUUCUGCUGCAUGCUUGAUGAUCACUUUGCAAAGAGAAGUGUAACUUUCAGCUACUGACAGGUCACCAGAUUUCACAUACCAUGUCAACAAAGAAGAAGCGUUCCCCUCACGUCGACAAUUCGAGCUGGGUCGUUAUUGCAGCGGAUGAUGCCACCAAAACAACGACAGGCGACCCCACAUUUGUCAAACUCAAAAACCCUGCAACAGGUGUCUCGUCCCUGUACCUGUUUAGCAGUGGAGACUCGGCCGUGUUUGAGGUGAAGGCAUUCACGGAGGACUACCGCUCCUGGUUCAUCGGCCAGACCGUCCAGAGAGAUGGCAGGCUGCUGUAUAUCACCCCAAUGGAGCCGCUUUACCUGUUGCUGCCCUACUUGCAGAAGGCUGGGGCUGAGGGGAAGUUCCAGCCGGUGGAUCAGGUGGUGAUGGACGAAGAGUUCCCAGCAUGCACCAGACUCCUGAGCUGCACACGCUCACUAGCGUCCCUCCGCCACGUUGCUGACGAGAAAGAGGUGGGCAGUCUGAAGUUCCACAGGUAUAGUCAGGAGAAGACCCUGGAUUGGCUGAAGAAGAAGGUAGAGCGGACGGUGGCUGCCCUGAGAAAGAGCAGUGUGUGUGUGGGGGGAGGAGUCAAGUCAUCAACCUUCAUCAGAGUCAAGCAAGAGGAGCAGGCCUCAGAUGAAGACUACCUGCGUUAUGCUCAUGGGCUGGUUUCAGAGUACGUCAGUGAAGACCUCAGCAAAGACUUGCUAAAGCACCUGCAACUACCAGAGCUGAGCAGUCCAAAGCAGGAGCCCCCCGCUAAGAAGCGGAAGCUGUCUGAUAAUCCAGUGGACGCCAAAGACGACUACACCAAGUUCAACAGCUCUGAUUUCACACGCAAACCCCCAAAGAAGUUGACGGCAGCCCAGAAGAGCCUGGCCAAGGUGGACAAGACGGGGAUGAAGAGCAUGGCGUCCUUCUUCAGCCCCAAAGUCAAGCAGGAGAAGAACUAGAGCUGUGUGUGCGAGAGAGAACAACAGUGUGUGUGUGUGUGUGUGUGUGUGUGUGUGUGUGUGUGUGUGUGUGUGUGUGUGUGUGUGAGAGAGAG